CCAGCCUGACACCUGAAAGACUGCAGAUGACAGCAGCAGAGCUCCAUGACUUUGCACAGCAAUUGAAACAAGACUGGGAAGAAUGGGAUCGAUGGAGGCCAGAGGGUGGUUGUCUUUGCCCCACUGGGACAAAUUGUGUGUGGGGAAAUGGGAUGAAUGGACCCUUGCCCUUGACGAUAACAUACACAGCAGAGGCAGAGCUCCGAGAACUGGAGAAGCUGAGAAUGCGAGUGGCACUGCUGCAUCAAGAGAUUUACCUUGAGCGUGUUCUGUUGGACACCCUGUCCCCUCAGCUUUCAGCUAUAGUACCUGGUCCUGAAUGUCCCAACUCCAGUGUGCUAAGAGGCAUGUAUUCCCUGCUGAGUGAAGGAGGGGAACGUUUCCCUGCCGUGGUCCUGGAUACUGAGCCUGACUGACCACAUAACAUACAUUAUUACUCUGAGCUGCCAGUUUAUGAGGUUCUCUGUUCUGCCCCAUUUAUAUACAUAAGAGAAAUAAUAUAAACACCUUUCAUUAUAAAGAAAGACCAAUACUGUUCUGCCUCUCAAUACAACUAGAACAUUGUAAAGGUCCCAAAAAUGAGAUUACUUUCAGGACCAUUAUAUUAGAUUGCUUUAGAUUAAACAGGGGUUCCUAAUAAAGUGGUAGCUCAGAAUAUGAAUCAAGUAUCUAGGUGAUUAUUGUGAUGAAUAUUUUUGUUGACUAUACUGACUAUACUAUAAAAAAAAAUCAGGUUUGUGAUUAUUUUUCUUCUUUACUGUUGUUUCUGAGUGAGAAGUGUUGUACUUAUAAUAACCCACUGUGAAAAUCACAUAUCUCCAAAGCCAUAAACUUUUUAUGCUGCUAAAAAAGCCUUGAUUUCAGUUUUGUGACUGAAUAUUUCAGAUAAUCCAGUAGGUUUUUUAAAGUAGUUUAUUUAGCUCUAGAAGCAGAAUGUUUUCAACUCAUAAAGGAGCCCUUAACCUCCAGCUUAUCGUAAAUAUUCAAAAUUUCAGAAGGCAUGCUGUUUCUCAGGAAAACAAUGAUUUAUAAAUGUUGACAUCUUAUAUUCCAUAUACUACAUUAUAUCAGCAUGUAGCAAAAUUGCAAUUGCUCUUAUAUGUGUCUUAGUAUUUCAG